GAAGUCAGACCAGCCAGCAUUUUAGAAAAAUCACUGCACAAUGGAUAUAUUUUUAAUUACAUUAUUGAUAAUCAGUUGCUUGAAUAUGUACUCCUGUGGCUCGAGCUCUGAUUUACCUGGGAAUAUUACGAAAUGUGACAUUGCGGAUGAAAAGUGCUUGUUGGAUGGUAUGAAUUAUGUGAUCAAUAAUUUUGCUACCACAGGCAUCAAAGAGUUGGGAUUGGUUAAGUUGGAUCCGUUGCAUAUCAAGAAGUUCAGUCUUGCCAAAAACCCCAACAGUCCAGUUAGUAUCGAUAUGACCUUCACGAAUGCGGAAUUGGUCGGUCUCCGUGGCUCGCAAGUAAAGCGAACUUCCAUUUUCACGCGCGAUUUACGUCGCCCGAUUGCUUUCGAAAUGUUUUCCCCCAAAUUAACACUCAAGGGUCCUUAUAGCAUAGAUGGCAAAGUUUUGAUACUGCCCAUUGUUGGAAAGGGCGAUGCGGAGAUAAGCCUUGAUAAUGUCAAGGUCAGCGCCAUUGCGAAGUUCGUACCAGUGUCCAAGGGUCCGCAGCAAACCUAUGCAAAGGCGAUCGAGGUUAAGAUCAAAUUGGAGCCAUCUCGUGCUACCUACAAGCUGAAUAACCUUUUCAAUGGCCAGAAGGAUCUCAGCGAUAACCUUCAUGUCUUGAUCAACGAAAACUGGCGCGAGGUCUUCGGUGAACUGCAGCCUGAUAUAUUUGGUGCUAUGGGUCUGAUCUUCAAAUCGGUUUUAAACAAAGCCCUAUCCAAAUACCCACUGGAACAGCUAUUCUCUGGCCUUUAAGUGAUUAUAUACUUGCGUGUUGAUGUAUUAU